CAGAGUAAUUAUAGAGUACUAGUCUCCAGCACGUCAACUCCGUUCUACGAUACUAUUCCACGUAUUGACUCGACUCUCUCUGGACGAUAGGAUCCAUGGAUUAUCAAGAUACUCUCGUGGCCCUUCGCGCUCAACAAGCUGCGCAGCCCCUCUCAAUCAUCGCGCUCGCGGAGCCCAUUACCGCGUCACAAACACAUCCUCGAAAGCAGUCAGAGUCGCGAUCCCGUCCUUCAGAUACUCUGUCCACUUCAGAGACUGAAUCAAACCUGCAGGUCACUCCCGCCACCCUCCUCGCCGACCUCGCCCACUACAAAGAACUCUUCUCCAAACUUCGCUUCAGCUACCUCGAACAAGUCACCAAGGAGAAAUACCUGCGCAGCAUCGUAGGAGAUCCCCCCCUCGUCGUCAGCCAUGAAGACAACUUGGUUCUGGAGGAGAGGCUAGCGGUCAUGAAGAGAGAGUUGAAGACGAAAAAGGAGGAGGUCGAUGCCUUGGUCAAGGAGAUGGAGGGACGAGCGAGGGAUGUGGCACACGCUUAUGAGGGCGUCAGAGAGGGCCUGGAUGUGUUGGAAAGAGUUCCUGCAGAGAUUGAGACGUUGAAGGCAGAGGUCGAGAUAUUACAAGCCGAAAUUGUUGCUCGGCAAGGUGACGACAGUGCUCAUCCCGGAAGCGGCGAUCCAAGGAUGCAUCUCUCGCUCACUGCGACGGAACAAGCGCUCGUGGAACAGCGAGAGCGAAAUGCCGAAAUCGAUCGGCAAAUAGCAGAGCUACAGAAACAGAUGCCCGCAAAGGUGCGAGAGGUGGAGAAGAUGGAUCGCGAGCUGGCUGAGUUGGAGAAGAGGCGCAACGAGAGCACAAAGCUGGCAAUCGAGGGAAGGAGGCGGCGUGAGCAAGGAGGGAGAGAUGAAGUGGAGGAAUUGGGGAGAUGGUAUAGAGCGAACGAGGCUGUGAUGAACGGGUUGCUAGGGCUGGAUGAAAAGCACAACUCCUGACAAGAAAAUGAAGGUAUACAGGCAGGGAACGAUGUACUUGUACGGGUAUCUUGGAAGGCUGCCGGCGUUACUGAUAUCCCUCACGAUGAUACCCUAGAUCGAGAAACGGAAAUGAAAUGUGAUGAAGUUUUUG